UUGAUGAUAUAGUAUCUUUAUCAGUGAUUUUGACAUUAUUUGAUUUGACUUCGAUAACUAAGAGUGUCCGAAUGUGUGACACGCAUAUACCAAAACGAAGCGAUCAGCUGGACCGACCAUUAUCGUGUUUGGGCCCGUCAUUAAGUGAAGGCGGAAACAACAAGCAGUGCAUUAUCUUGUUUUGCGUUUUCGUGAGCGGUUGGACCUUUCGUCUCGAGCUCAGCAGCAGUAUAAUCGCCUGCCUUUCCUCACGAGGGAAGCCAGCCCAGUCUUGUCAGCGCGCGGCGGUGGUUGAAGAUGGCGCUAGCCGAAUGGAAAUCCUAAUGACAGUUUCCAAAUUUGCCUCUUUUUGUACCAUGGGCGCCAAUGCCUCUGCUCUGGAGAAAGAGAUUGGAUCUGAGCAGUUUCCGGUCAAUGAGCACUACUUUGGCCUGGUCAAUUUUGGAAACACCUGCUACUGCAACUCGGUGUUGCAGGCUCUAUACUUCUGCCGGCCGUUUCGGGAGAAGAUCUUGGCGUACCGCAGUCAGCCUCGGCGAAAGGAGAACCUGCUCACCUGCCUGGCCGACCUGUUUCACAGUAUUGCCAAUCAGAAGAGAAAAGUGGGCGUCAUACCACCCAAGAAGUUCAUCACACGGCUUCGCAAAGAGAAUGAGCUGUUUGACAAUUACAUGCAGCAGGAUGCCCAUGAGUUUCUGAACUAUCUGCUCAACACCAUCGCUGAUCUGCUUCAGGAGGAGAGGAAGCAGGACAAGACCAACGGGCGCCUUGCCAAUGGCACAUUGGACUCUCAGAACAACAACAGCAAUGCCACGCCCGCUCCCACCUGGGUCCAUGAGAUUUUCCAAGGCACUCUGACCAAUGAGACACGCUGCCUCACCUGUGAAACGAUAAGCAGCAAAGAUGAGGACUUUCUGGACCUUUCUGUGGAUGUAGAACAGAAUACCUCCAUCACACACUGCCUCAGAGGUUUCAGUAACACAGAGACACUGUGCAGUGAGUACAAAUACUACUGUGAAGAAUGUAGAAGCAAGCAGGAGGCACACAAGAGGAUGCGUGUUAAGAAGCUGCCAAUGAUCUUGGCUUUGCACCUGAAGCGCUUUAAGUACAUGGAGCAGCUGCAGCGCUACACCAAGCUGUCCUAUCGCGUUGUCUUCCCUCUGGAGCUCCGCCUCUUCAACACCUCCGGGGACGCCACCAAUCCUGAGCGGCUCUACGACCUGGUUGCCGUGGUGGUGCAUUGUGGGAGUGGUCCAAACAGGGGUCACUACAUUGCCAUUGUGAAAAGUCACGACUUCUGGUUGCUGUUUGAUGAUGAUAUUGUAGAGAAAAUUGAUGCACAGGCAAUAGAAGAAUUCUACGGUCUCACUUCUGAAAUCUCCAAGAACUCUGAGUCGGGCUACAUCCUCUUUUACCAGUCCAGAGACUAAAUGUGGUGUGGAGUGUUUCGCCACAGCAACCAGGAGUGCUCUGUUCCCUCUUAAUGAGGAACAGUGGACCAUAAACGCACCAUAGCAGUCCGCGUAGUGUCCCACCUGCCGGCACAGCUGUAUUUCAUACUUCAGCACUGCAGCUCAGCCGUGGAAUUUCCCCGUACUUACCAGCUGUCCCUCCUUGACCCCACCAUCCCCUUCUCUCUGACUGGAUGCUGCUGCUGCUGUCGGGACAGUUAGACGAUGACGAAUGAAAAUUGUGUCAAGAUUGUUUUUAAAAA